UAUCGUUACAAACCCCUUUGACUUUCUUUUUUAGGUGAAAUACCAAGAAGAUGUGACAGGCUCAUUCUCCAUUCACUUUCUUCGCCUCGGACUGUAACGUUAACUGCCUGACAUCUCUUUUGUGCUUCACGUAAGAAAAAGUCAGGCAGGUUUGGAACGAAAAAAAAAAAAAUCGGUGAGUAAACGAUGACAUAAUUCUCACGUCUGGGUGAACUAUCCCUUUAAGCUGCUAGUAAAGUGUCAUACAGUUAGCGGUUGUGUGCAGCCGGACUCGCUCGUGAGUGUCUGUGAAGGGGUGACGUCAGAGGUGGAGAUGUCAUGGCGUCGUCGGAGCUGAGACUGGAGCUUGCCAUCUAGUUAAAGGUUGUCGUCGAUGCGUUCAGCGAAAUGGAGAAGAAUGCAAACCCUCAUCGAGACGCGGGAGGAAGUGUCCUGUGCACCGCUAUCCCCGCAGAACCCGCGGAUAUCAAAACAGUGGGCGGAAUAAAAGAUGUCUGCGAGAAGAGAGAGACUUUGAGUACUUGUGCAAGUGCUAGCGGUGCUAAUGCUACACCCUGCACACAGACAUCAGAUGCUGCUGAGACAGUCAGCAAGAGCGGUUCACCAGAGACGCUGUCUGCAACGGAUCAGCUGAGCAACGGGAUGGGAUACGAACCGUCGACGACCGCUGCUGGGAAUAAGGAGGGUGGCACCUCAAAGUUAGUAAACAACCUCGCGGGAGAGCAGCCCGACAUCAGUAACGUGCAAGCGGACGGUUUGGAUGGAGGGACGCAAGAAGCGACGAAGCUGGCCAAGUCUGCUUGUUUGUGCUCGGACAAAGCAAAAUCCGCGAGCUCGAAUUCAAACGAUCACACUGUUUCCGAGGGUCCUCCGAGUGGGAGUGAGCCCAGCAUCGCAGGGGAGUCCCGCAGCUUUGAUUCACUGGAGUCCUUCUCCAACCUCAACUCCUGCCCGAGUUCAGACCUCAACAGCGAGGGACUGGAGGACAAGGGACUGGCUUUGGCAAUUCAGAGUGAAUACGGGGCCGAGGGAACCAAAAUCCCCUGUCCUAAAGACAGGGUGGCCGGUCAGUCGUUGUACCACAUCAAGUGGAUAAAGUGGAAGGAGGAGAACACGCCUAUCAUCACACAGAACGAGAACGGGCCGUGUCCGCUGCUGGCUAUUAUGAAUGUCCUGCUAUUGUCGUGGAAGGUCAAGCUGCCACCAAUGAUGGAGAUAAUAACAGCAGAGCAGCUGAUGGAAUAUCUGGGAGACUAUAUCCUUGAAGCCAAGCCAAAAGAGAUCUCGGAGGCUCAGCGGCUGAACUACGAACAGUGGAUAUACAGAUGCUGUAACCACAUCAUUCUAGGGGAAAAAAAAACAAACACGACUCAAAAGUUUGUGAAUAUGAGUGAUGCUAUGGCAGUGCUGCAUAAACUGCAGACAGGUCUGGAUGUAAACGUUAAGUUCACAGGUGUGCGGGUGUUCGAAUACACGCCCGAGUGCAUCGUCUUUGACCUGCUGGAUAUCCCACUCUACCACGGAUGGCUGGUUGACCCACAGAUGGCUGAUAUAGUUAAGGCGGUGGGGAACUGUAGCUAUAACCAGUUGGUAGAAAAGAUAAUCAGCUGUAAGCAGUCAGACAACAGCGAGCUGGCCGGGGAAGGUUUUGUGGCAGAGCAGUUUCUGAACAGCACAGCGACUCAGCUAACAUACCACGGCCUGUGUGAACUCACUUCAACUGUACAAGAGGGAGAACUGUGUGUCUUCUUCAGGAACAAUCACUUCAGCACCAUGACCAAAUUUAAGGCCCAGCUGUACCUGCUGGUAACGGAUCAGGGGUUUCUCACUGAGGAGAAGGUGGUUUGGGAAAGUCUGCAUAAUGUCGACGGAGAUGGAAACUUCUGCGACUCAGAGUUCCGUCUGAGGCCGCCCUCUGACCCAGAAACUGUGUACCGUGGUCAGCAAGACCAGAUCGAUCAGGACUACCUGAUGGCGCUGUCCCUACAGCAGGAACAGCAGGCCUCAGAUCUGGGUUGGGAACAGAUCCCAGAAGGCAUCAGUGACCUAGAGCUGGCCAAGAAGCUGCAGGAGGAGGAGGACCGCAGAGCGUUACAGUACUAUCAGGAGCAGGAGCAGGCACAGGCAGCAGCAGCAGUGGCUGCGCAGGCACAGCAGGUGCUGACCAGGUGGAUAGAGUGGCAGCCGCUGGAGCCUCAGCGGGGGGAGCCACGGCUUCUCCAAGCCCAGGCAAACAGCCCUCAACGGGGGAACGCAAACCCAAGAAAGAAGCCAAGGACAAAGACAAAUGCAUCUUGUUGUAACAGCAGUGGACUCUGUGUGGAGUGUGAAACGGGCAGCAGUUUAAUUCCAGUGGCUCUGCAAUGCAUCUCCCAGCGUGAGGUGGAGAAAGAACAGGCGGCAGAGAUGAAGUGUGACCGAUGGAGAGGACUUGCCAUUCUCAAGCCACUUGUGCCUGACUUUAACCCUCAGAGUUCUGAAGAUGCAGACAAGAAGAGAGGGGUGUCACUACAAGGACUAUCACUACAUCUUUCGUAGAGCUGGCCAAAUGUUCUCAGCAGGAAAUCCACUGCAGUGCACUAUAUUUGUGUGGGGUCACCAGGGAGGGUGGUUUUUUGUAGUAAAACAAGGUAAUGUACACAUAGCACUAGGCAAAAAAGUACCCCCCUCCCUCCAAAAAAAACUACAAAAACAAAUGGAAAAAAAAAAACAUGGCACCACUUUUUUUUCAUUAUACAAAGCAUUUUCUUUUUUGUGUUGAUUUCCGUUAUUGCUGUUGUUUAUAAGCUAUUUUAUACCAGUUUACCCGUAUAUAUGCAUAUGUAGAUUUGUUGUAUUGGUCAGUUUCUGUUGUUUGACUGAAGGAUAUCUGAGAUCUUUUAAUGAAAGACCGUUCACAUGAGCAGGUAGCAAGCCAACCGGUCGCUUGGCAAAGGUGAUGUCUCAGGACAUGAUGUAGGCCACCGUAGUUCUUUGCCUGGCAGUUUGAUGCCAAAUUUUUCAUUGUUAAUAUUGUAGGAGAAGUAACUUACUUUUUAGAGAGAGAGAUCUUGAUAAAACAAAUGCAUUCAAAAAGGGUUUCCUUAUUAGGCAGUUGAAAAUCCAGUUGGUUAUAUAGAUGCGUGUACAAAAGAAUGAUUUUUGCCAAUAGGACAAUAACUGUUAAUAUCAGUGAGCAACUGUCUACCAUUAAUGUAAAUAGCUUUAAAAUAUCACAAUCAGUAGGUUACAUAAAAAUACAUGGCCAAGUUUUUGCUUUGCCCCACCCCUUUUACAUUUCAGCCAAAUGUCUGGUUCAUAUUUGCCUUAUAAGAUGAAGUAUAGGAGUAGGAUCAUUGUCCAUGAAAUUUGGCAUCGCUCAAUGAACUACAGUGUUAUUGCCCAAAAACCGAAUGGUUCUUGUAAAAAAAAAAAAUCGUCUUUGAUCACAAUGGUUUGUUUUCCUCCAGCAAGUGGUCAAACGAUAUCGGUUUUACAAAUGGCCGAUGUCAGUACUGAAAUAUGGAGAGCAGGUUGGCUGAUUGCUGAUAGAAAUAACAAGAGGAGAUUUAACACUUCAGUUAAUCGGCCAUAGUCUGGAAAUGGCUGAACAUUGGCCGAAGCGAACUGAUAUAUCGGUCUAUCGCUAGGCCUAGCUAUAAAUUUCACACUCUUUCAUGUACAUUGUACAUACUCAUUUACACUAUAUGGAUGUAAGGUAGGAAAGGAUUACUCGAGCCCAUUCUGUUCCAGUGCUGCCUCCUGAGAGACAAGGUCUUUUCUAUCCAAACAUUCCAGCUAUAUGCCUUGAACUGAGCAUUGUACUGAGCUUUACACUCAGAGAAGCACUAAUGUCGGGCUAUUUUAAACUGUUGUUCUGCUCUCGCAAUGCAAGAAUGAACAACUCCUGCAUGUAGAAGAGCCUCAUGAUGGUGUAGUCAAUCGAACAGACUGGUUACAUAGGAGCACAGUAGCUGCUGUUUUUGCUAGUCGUGGGCUGGAGCUGUUCAUUUGACGUUUGGUCCCCCAGUGGCCAAUACUCUCUGUAUAUAAAAAGCCUUACAAUAUUUACAGUAUCUUUUAUACCGACAAAAGUAGGUGAGAGACAAGACUGAGACAAUCUGUAGACCUUACCAUAGACCGAAAACCGCACAGGCCUUCACAGAAGGAACAUAUCCAUGAGUGUCUUGCAAACAGUUUGAGGUGUGUUAGCUUACUUGGUAAUGGAUAUAGAUUCAAACUAUGUAAAAUGUGAAACACAGGGUUUAAUUUGAAAUAGUCCCCUUUGGUAAGGCUCGUUCACACCAGAAUCGUUGAAAAAGUCAGUUGCGACACUACCAUAGAGUUUCAUUGGAAGAGGGAAUACGGAAGUAACGCAUUCCGAAACAAUAUUUUUAGCGCUUAACUCCAUGCAUUUCAUUGUGCCCCAAGCUAAUUCACUGGUAAUUUGAUUAAAUGACUGGAUUUAUUUAUUUUUAUUUUUUAGUUAAUGUUCAUUGUUAGAUAGUAUCUACUUAAAUUCUAAUGUAGUCUACGCUAUGGAAGCAAGCCCCCUUCCCUCCAAAAUUGAACAGGGGGGGGGGGGCUGGGGUGAACGGAUUAAGGCUACUAUAAAUAUAGUUAACAUAACAACAUUAUGCGUUAAUAUUUACCGAAAAUUGCUUUAAAUAUAGAGUCGCUGCUGCUAUCUGUCCCACUUAAACUAUUCAAACUGGUUUUUAGCGCCAGUUGGUUUGGAACUAUUGCGACUAUAUGAACCACGUGGCGGCGAGAUUUGUCUCAACUCUUUUUCAGCGGCUCUGGUUCACAAUAAGAACGAUAACUAUAUAUGGACCUUAGGAUAGCGCCAAAGAUUAUAGAAAUAGUAGCGCCAUGUUUAAUUUUAAAAGCGUUCACGUCAACACGAAGUACAGUCAAUCAAUGGAUUGUACUGUUGUUUAACAACAUAAAGGUUCAGCUGACGAAAUGUCCUUACAGAUAAAAAAAAAAAAAAAAUCAAAAACAAUUUAGAAAGUUGUGAGUUGGGAAAAUUACACAAUCAAGAACCUUUGUACAGUGUGUCAUUGUAAAAAAAAAAAAACUAAGUCUGUCACGCACAGCCUCGUUUUCAUCGUCGUUACGUCAAAUUCAAUAUGGCGUCUAAUCUGACUAGAGUCCGCGCCAACGAAUAAUAACGCUAUGUUUAUUAUAAGCGCGCUGUAGUUAUGUAUUAAAUGCUCUAGAUUUUUAAAGUUUUAGUCGUUCUUAAGCUUAAAAAAACGUUCUGAAAUUCCAUUGUUUCUCUGUAGAAUACGCAAUGUCAUAGAAAUUGGAACGCUUAUUAAAACUAUAGUUAUCGUCCUUGAUAUGAACAGCCCUAUAAACUUUAUAGUUGUAACUACUAACUAAUAUUUCAACCCCAAAUUGGGCGUCUAAGAGAAAUCGUAAAUAAGUUUUUUUUUUUUCAUGUUGUUACCUGAGAUUAAUUGGUUGGCAUACUAAUAUUGUUCAGCCAGAAAGUGCACAAUAGUCUGUAUUUGUCAUGUUCUUAUCAUUCCCCUAGAAGGUACACUAUAAUAACAUCUAGGGUUAUGGUAAGGUUACACAUUCACUAUGGUUUUACACUACACAAACUAUAGAUUUACAUUCAUAAAUAUCAGUGAGCUUCUUUCACCUCUGUAACUGGUGUCAUGGUAGGAAGCACAAGCUAGUCACCUAUAGAGUUGGGAGAGAAAUGUCUUAAAGGGUUUGUACUGGGGUUGGUGCGGUGAAAUGGAAUGAUAUUAUGUAAAUCAUCCGUUUUCAUCUAACUUGGGAGAACAAACAUUUCAUUCUGUAAACAAGCUGAAACUAAGGUUUUGAUUCAAACACUUCCUCAACUGUUACACUUGCAGGUCAGGUUAAAUAUGGACAUUCCAAGGUGCUUUUGAUCAGUGGCAUGUCUAGUAAAGAAGUGAUUAAGGACAAUGUGCAACAGACUUCUUCAGCACACACAAUAUGUACCCACUGUGCAUUAGUUUGUUAUUUGUAUUGAUAGCCAAUAACUUUAUUAUUCUGUAAUGUGCUUCAGCUUUAACCAUUUGCUUCUAAAUUGAUCUUGUUAAUUGCAGAUGUAUAAAUUGUCACAAGAACAUACUUGUUAGUGGGAUACAUACUGAAAUGUCAUAUUUAUAGAAAGGGGGGGGGGGGAAGUUGGAGUGCAGUCCUUUAUGGAGGAUUUGUGGGUGCAAUCUCCAUAAAGAAAACAGAAAGCCCAUUUCAGAGUAAAUAGAUGGAUAAUGGCUUCAAACUGUUUAAUAUAUUAAGCUAACGCUAUUUUUGACCUCCAAAUAAUAUCAGUAAAUAUUCCAAGGCUUGGUUGGCCAUUGGUGUGCAGCACCCAUUGAAGCUCCAUUAUAGGUCCUAGACCGUUUUAGUUCUUUAUGCACUGUAACAUUGACUGCACUAGAUGAGAAAUAUACCUCUUUUUAUACAAAAUUAGAAUCACCAGUUUUGUCUUGUUACAGCUGAACCUGAUUCAUAACACUCAAUAAAUAUCAUUUUUGCAAUAAGGCUUAUACUUAUGGAGCUUAAAGAACUGAUUGUUAUAAGGAACUUUCUAAUGGUUCAGUUUCACACUAAAUGCUGCCAUUUAGAUGUUUCUUGCCCUUCCAGAUAGGAAAUGUUUGCAAGACUUCUCAUGAAUAUAAUUAGAUGUUUUCAUAUCUUAGUGCCAUCAAGUGAUAUGGGAAUGAAAGCAACAAAUGAUGAAACCGCUUUUGACUGAGUUGAUACAUGUUGACAGUUUGAUUAAAACUAAUGCCCAGGGAGGGUAAUUGUCUUCUGAAUUUCAAGUAAUAUUAAAAUGCCACACAUUACACACGGCACACAUGCUUUCUGCCAAUGAUGGGAACUGGAAAGUUUUCUCCUGGUGCAUUUGUCUUGUCAAUAUUACCGGGUCAGUUCACGAUGGAAAUGCAGUUGUGAUGCAUGUUUAACAACUGAAUACAUGUGCUUCUAAGUCAUUUUAAGAAACAGUCCCAUUACAAUUUCUAUUUUAUAUCCUUUAUAUGUGUAUAUUUACACAAAACAUUUUAACUUAGCAAAAAGAAAGGACAAAAAAAUAAAUAAAAAUAUCAGGAUAUUAUAAGGGUCAACCUUCCAUUGUGUGUAAGGUUCAUUAAUGACCAAAAACAUUUAUGUAGCCCAACAGUGUCAAAGUAGAUGGACAACUUUUCUGUAACAAAUGCCUUAGACGAGGGACAAUACGUCUGAUUAAAGGAAAUCUGGUCCGUGAGUCUGUGUGAUUCUUCUGAUUGUCAUUCACAGUCUUCAACUUCAGAUUUUCGAAAGUUUUUCCUUCCACAGACUCAACUGUGGGCGGAUACGGCUGCACAUACAGAAGCAAACUAUACAGAGAUGGUCAUAAUCCACAUAAUUUAAUAAAGUUGUAGAAUCAUCAAAAAGCCACAUACUGAAAUGUUAACGGAAUUACAGAUGUGUCCAGUGCUACACGCAGUAGUCUGCCCAAAGCAUAUGAGAGUAUUUGAAACAUGAAGUUAAGGUUAUCUAAACAAACACUGGUUAAGAAAUAAGCUGUACAUUUGCACCUAUAGAAUGCCAGGAGAACAUGUAUGCGCACAAAGGUUGUUUACAGGUCACCAGAGAACAGUUCAUGAAACAAAAACCUACAUGUAAAGCCUUUUAUAAAGACAACAAAAUCAACCAAAUUUAAUCUUUACAAUUAUCUAAUGGCUAUAAGUUCAGCCAAUUAAAAACAUCAGAAGUUCAAAAAAAAAAAAA